AUGUGGGCCAAUGGCUCCCCGUCGUACUUCUCCGGGCUCUACAGUGUGCCAACCGUGCCUCUGCUCAGGGACAGGCCCGCGAAAAAUGUUGAUAAAACUUGUGCUUCCCGGCGCGACCAGACCCCCGACUCUACAGGUAACUACUUGGCCUCGACCGAUCUCUACCUGCCAGCUGUCGAGGGUCCUCCAUCUCCUGAAAGCCUUCGUCGAUUGAACACAGAGAUGAGGUUAGCUACCAACCUGCGUCGUGGUCAGGGCCACAAAGUCGGCUCGUCUUCGUCAUCUAUAACCUCCUUUACCGGGGAUCUCGACCACGCAUUGGACAACAUUGACCUGGUACGCCGCUCAUCCUUUACUUCGGUUGAGAGCAACAACAUAUCCAAAGACGCUUCGGAAGCAUUUCAGCAGUUUUCGAAAUCUCUUUUCCACCGUCGUGGCAGGUCCAAGCAGGAGAGCACCUCGUCUGGCAGCUCUCUAUAUUCGGCAGAUGUCCCCGUCGAUGCCAACGCAUCAAAGGACUCGGUUCUCCCGAAGCUCUUUACGAGAAGAAAGCCUUCUCGUGAGGAGCCUGCAGCUGUUCAGAAACGCUUUCAAAUUUCUGGCCCCUUCAACUUUCAGCAUGUCACUCACACCAAUCGUGACGCGGCGGACGAGGUCAUGCCUGAAGACGACCAAGCAGACGCCUACCAAGUAAAGGGCAGAUCCAGAGCCGCAACAGGCGCUUCUGACCACACCUACACCAACGUGUUGGCGGAAACUGUUGCCGAACACGAGGACUUUUCUGAUUUCCCACCCCCGAGACAUGGACUCAUCGCCCGUCACACUGGCAGCUUUCAGACUAUGCGCCGCUUCAUAAAAUCCGGCAAGAUAUCAGAGCUUUCCGUGCCAAUCGCACCAACAUCUGCUCCAACCAACCGACUCCCACCGCAACGGCCACCAAGAUCCCCCUUGGAAGCCAACUCGCCCGAACCUACAUCUCCUCCCCGCCCCCCUCGAGUGUCUAGCCGUCAGUCGGCCUAUCCCGCCCCGAUUGACACGACAGCCAGCUAUUUCUCUGAGCGUCCCAUCACCAGCGGAGGCUUCCAACGACCGCAGCCAUUUAGCCCAUCGAGCCCUGUCGAGCAACUGCCUACGCCAACCCGGUCGGCAUUCACACCACCUGCUGACCUCUCAACAUUCUCCCAGGAGGGACUCCUUGGCCGCCCUCGAACUGCUACCCCCGAGCCAGCUUGGCCUCUAGCCAGUCCUACGAUUGCCAACUUUGAAGCGCCGCUCCCGGAUCUCGUCGAAGAUGAUGGCCAUACAAGCUGGUCCUCGCGUGCCCGUACAAGUCAGAACAGCACCAAUGCGUCGCUUCGCGGAAGCAAAUCGGUUCCCAUGCUGAGGAAGCUCGCCGAAGAGGGGGCGGACAAGGAGAUGGAGGCGAGCGCAUGGUCGGCACAGAUGAAGACGGAGCUGGAAGAGUCUCUCUGCCACAGUCCCACGCUUGGCCGCGCCAGCUGGGAAGACGACAUUGACUAUUGUUACGAGCACGAGGCCGAGGCCGACUGCGACUACCAAUGGGAGCGUCCCUCGAUGGACGUUGCUCACGGCGGCAUGAUGUACACUGCGCCGCAGAGCUACUCUGCCCUGGACGAGGCGCUGAUGAAGCCGGCUGUGAAACGGUCUCCUGUCAAACUUCGGCUGCACACCGAGCUCUCCGUCCCGGUCAAGCCACACAACUCGCACGAAUACCAGUUCUCACCCUCGCUCCUCAUCCCGCAAGAAUAUCAGCGCGACUCGCUGACGGCGGACAACGGCAUCUCGCACGGUCUGGAGUCGCUGCAGCGCUCUAGCACCGCCACCACCGGGAGCAACUACACCUCCAGCACCGAUUCAGUCGGCGAGCGCCACACGUCGACCAACUCGAGCUGGACGGCCCUGACGCAGCACACGGCGAGCACAUUGUCCCUCAACAAGCUUGCCAUGUCGUGGGUAGACGAGGCUGAGCCCGUGCCUUGUCUGACUGCCCCGGCCAAGGCCGACGAUGCCACGGACGAGGAGACGACGCCGCCUGCAUCGGAGGACGUCGUGCCCGAGCUGAUCAUGGCCAUUCCCCCGUCGGGCAGAAGGGCCAUGCACAAGAGCCACGCGAGCGAGUCCAUUCUCCGCAACAGCGCUGCUCCCAUGGAUGCGCAGCAGCUGCCCAAGUCGCGCCGGCCGCGCGCUCGCACCUCGAGUCUGAGCCAGCCGCCGCCCGUGGGACAGUACGCCCUGUUCCCUCGCAGCAACAUCAAAACCCAUGGCGACAAAAUUUGA